CUCUUUUUCGUCUCAAAACCAGAAGAGGAAAGAAAGCAAUUAAUUCAUAUGCCUCUGACAACCUCUUCUCUCUUACUAAAAUCAUCAUACUUUUUCCAUUUCCAUUCUUUUGUUUAAGCAGAAGGGUUGGUUUUUCAUUUUUGCAUUUUGGGUAUCUUGUCUUUUACUUGGAAACAUUCAUUUCUUCUGGCCCCAAAUUCUGUAGAGUGUUGCAUAUUCUUCCUUUCACCGUCAUAGCUCAAAGGUUCGUCCUUGUCCAGCUAUGGUGAGUUUCGGUUUCCUUCCAUUUCCUUUCUUGCCCUGUUUCUUCUUUAUUGAACUUCUUCUUGGUUUCAUCUUAUAGUCAUUUUUUUUUAUAACUCUGUUAAAAUUAAAUGUUUGGCUGUUUUCUUAUGAAGAGACUAUAAUGGCAGGGGAUAAUAGUGGGUUUUUAGUUUAGAAUUUAGAAACAUAGGCAGAGGCUUAUGUAUGCUAUUUUGUGGGUAUUGAUUUUGGAGUGGUCAGAGACAGAGACUUAGAUGAUGACUUGGGUAAAUGUUUGUCUGACAUGUGGAGGCAAAGGCUACUCUGAGGCUUUGGUAUAUUGUCACAAGUGUCAAAUUCAUGCUGUGCAUCGCUAUUGCAUGGAACUUCAAAAGGUAACCUUUGAGGAGGAUGUCAUUUGGUUUUGUGAGGACUGCAAACCUAUGAAAGCUGAAAAUUCAGAAACUGUCCAAGCAACUGAUUCUGCAGAUAAUUCUGUCUGUUAUGUGGAGCCAUAUCUUGUAAAUGUGGUUGUAGCACCAAUUGUUCUAUCUAUCAUCCACAAGCAUCCUGACUUUUCCCAAGAUUGCCCACUAUCUCGUGGGACGAUCUCAAAUUUGUUACAGAGACUUGGUAUGGAACUUAAGAAGGUCACAUCCUUCACUUCUGAAAAUCUCAAGAGUGAGCACCUGAAGUCGCUGGAUUACGCCAUAAGGGAUGCAGAGUUUGCAAAACUGAAUGUGAAUUCGCUCCGAUACUGGCAUGAUCAACUCAAAAGGGGCAUGCACUUGCUGGAUCUGCAUCAACUUAGAAACAAAAUUAAAAUUGAUAUGGCCAACAGGAAAGAACUUCCUGUAUCAACAAAAACAACUUUGAAUGAUAUAGGAAAAGACAUUCAGUUAUUGAAGAGAAAAGCUGCCUCAUUAGAAAUAGAGAUACAAGACCAGGGAGGGAGCAUGAGGGAUAUUGCAUUGAAAUGUUUAUCAAAAAUAAAACGGUUUUGUGACAGAACAUUGGCCAGAGGCUUGCUCUAAAGCAGUCUGUAUGUUUCCAUUCCAGUUGUACAAAGUACAAACACGAGGUUGAAUGUAGGAAAAUUAUACUUUUCGGAGCCUUCUCAUUUCUGUUCCUCUUGCACAUACUGCUAACAAGCCUAAAAACAUCAACUUACGUUCUUCACUGUUACUUUCAAUUGGUCCCUAUCCACGUAAGUGAACUAGAAAUGAUAAAAAUGGACACAUCUCAAAUUGGGAAAUAUGAAAAUUUCCUUCCACAACGUGCAGCUGCAGAUAUUCGUUUGCACCUAGAACAAAAAAGUCUUAUUUCGUUAACUUUAUCAGCUCUUAAACAAUGUUGAAGAUUCAGUUCAUUUUCCCUAUAAUGUUACAAAAAUAAUAUCCAAAAAGAAAAGAAAAGAAGUCAAAAGCGCAACAAAUUGAAGUUCAUUUCCCCUACUACACUACUGUACUGGUGCUGGAGGCCUUAAACUUGAAAACAUGUUCAGACCAAACAAGGUUGUUUCUCUGCGCCAGAAAUUUGCAAUGGCCCUUUGCUUCAUGAUUUUACCUAUUCUCCAGUCUUCGUGAUGCAAGCUACACCUAUGAUUGACAAAAUAUACUUCAAUAUUAUAAAUUUUGGUUGCUUCU